AUGUAUCCUGAAAAUGAGCCAAUUAAGCUGGAGCUCCAUGGCACUUCCCGAGAAAUCGGACUGCAGCAUGGUCGCGCAUUGCGGGAACAGAUUCACAGCCAGAUAUCUAUCUACGAUGCCAUGUUCCAGCACACCUCAAAGUUAGCCUGGAAAGAGGUGCGCGAAGUCGCAACUGAAUUUCAGCCCUCGCUCCAGAAACUCACGCCUCAUUUGUACACGGAGAUGGAGGGUAUCGCUGAGGGUGCGGGGUUAGAUGUGCUUGACAUCAUAGCGCUCAACUGCCGAAGCGAGAUAGCGCUAGGACGAUUCUCCGAUGGCUGCACGGCACUAUCCUGGAAGAAAAACGAGACGACGCGAGUGCUCUCGCAGAAUUGGGACUGGACGAAGGCCGUUAAGAAGAACAUAGCCAUGAUAUCGAUUGAGCAGGUUGGAAAACCUACUAUCUAUAUGAUUACCGAGGCAGGAAUCGUCGGCAAGAUUGGGUUCAACUCCAGCGGCGUUGGAACUUGUCUCAAUGCUAUCCGCGCCAAACCGAUGAUCAGUAGCAAGGUCCCGGUCCACGUUGCGCUUCGGUUGUGUUUGGAGAGUACUUCUGUCGACAACGCCGUAAAGACCCUCGAGUCUCUGGGUGGUGUCGCCUCUGCUCUGCAUACCCUUGUUGCAGACAGUACCAAAGCCCUGGGGCUUGAGCUAUCGCCCGUGGGAGACAAGCAUAUCCCCGAGGAUACAUCGGGGAUUAUCGGCCAUACCAAUCAUUUCAUUGAGAAUCGCUACGUGGAUGAGCCGCCGUGGCUGUCCGGCUCACCUAUCCGGCUCAAGCGGUUAGCGGAGCUGACGCAGGAGUUAAUCCAAGAAGGUGUUCAGGGUGACGCUAUCACACCGACUUUGCUGCGAGAACGUAUCUUCUCUGAUACGUUCAACAAGCCUCAGGCAAUAUGUUGCGAGGAGGAUCCAUCGCGCCAUAUCUCGAAUAGAAGUAGUACUUUGUUCAACAUUGUGAUGAACUUGGACCCGAAGAAUUUGGGAGCGGAGGUUGUCUUUGGCCGGGUUGGGUCUGGAGAGGAAGGGCCUGUGUUGAAAAUGCCUUGGUGA